AUGUCGCCAUCAUCGUCUGCAGCAGCUAUACCUUCUCACGUCCGCUCCAGACAGUCCUCGAAUACGACUUCCGCACCUGAUCCGGCCACAAACGUACUAAAGCCUAGACCAUCGUCCAGACCACAGUCUCCAAAUACAUCAUCACCUUCUACAAGGCCUGCACCACAUUACACCGUAUUUAUUCGACUGCCAUUUGUGCGAGGUUCUUUCCAGGAUCCAGCUCCUUCCAACUGGAAUGCCACCAAGGAUAAGCAAUUAUGGAAGCUCAUUUCGAAGGCGUCCUCAAACGAUUUGGACUGGGAGGGUCUGAGCCAUGAUUUCGACGUCGAACUUUCGUUCCUGCUCAUGCAAGCGGCAUGGCUGACAGAAAGGCACAUGGAACGUAUGCGAAAGCAAGUGGGCAGAAUUGGUGGCGUGGCGGCUGGCACGGGCAGUGGCUCUGCAGCAGGCAGUACCGGUGGUGUGAAGAUGGAAAGGACUGGUAGUAGAGGUAUCUCAAAUUUCCAAAAUAAAGCUUCAGUUCAGGCUAAGAGGUGCGCAGAUUCCAAAAUGCCCUCAGGAUCCAUCACAACCACAGUGCGGCGUGGCAGCUCCUCUCAUCCUUCGGCAAUAGAGACGGGAGGUCUACCAGUAUCCGCAACGCCAACUUCUGGACAUCCACCAAUAUCACGAACGCCUUCUUCAGCUACCGUCACGCAGAGUAAGAUUUCUGGCUCGACAGCGAAGCAGCAACCACUUCGCGAGCGAGCACUGCGCGGAUCAUCUGGCUCUGCGCGUAGGCCAACCAAGGUCUCACCGUCAACACCGAGCUCCCCCAGGAAUGACUAUUAUGAAGACGCUAUUGAGCAUGAAGAGCCGUCAGAAUCGGAUUCCGAGGAGGAGCCAUCGACAUUGUCAAGGAGCCAAGCUUUCCGCCGACCUCUUUUGGCCAAGAAGGCGAAGCCGUCUCUAGCCCCUCUCUCCUCUGAUGGGGACGAAGAAGCUGACGAUGAUGAUGACAGCAGCCCGGGUGGUUACUUGCCAUUUGCUGGUGCUUCAAAAUCAACUAAAAGGGAAGAUGUGGCAGCCACGAUUCGUGGCUCUCCCAAAGAGACUCCGCAACAACCAGCAGCGCAAAUAGCACCUCGUACCGUAAGACCGCCCGCGCGGACUGCAACGACGACGACAGAAUCUUCCGCAUCAUCGGCAUCUUCUGCUGCAGUCAUCAUGCAUCGCCAGUUGUCCACAGACUCUGACCAGCCUCGCCGUUCGAGCGCAGACAUACCAGCAGGCAGUAGCACUAGUCACCAGCGCCGUGCCUCGGUCGGCUCUAUCGCACAAAGACCGCCUGGACCUCUUUCGCCACGGCAUCGGGCACAGCUGGCAUCGCUCAGCCCACGAUCAAAUAGGAAAGAUGGUUCGGAAGGAAGUCCAAGCAUGGGCUCCUCGUUCUCUGACCUUGAUGACGCGAGUGUAACACAGAGUGCUCUGGAAGAUGCCUUGAUGAGCAAUAUGCGUGCGCAAGGCGGUAGUACCAUGAGUAUGGCUGGAAGAAUGAAGACGAAAGCGAGCAGCUGCCAAAAACGCGAGCAGAUUUCAGCAGUCGCAUCGAUCCUCCGAAUCCAUGCAUGA